GCUUAUAACUCCAUCCUGCAGAUGUGCAACCCUUAGUUAACUUCCUGCCCUCUCCAGGACCUGUGUUUGGAUUUACUUGACUGACACUCCCAGCUACUUAAAGCUCACCAGUGCUCUGUUUGAUGAUCUGUUAGGUUCUUUGCUCUCUGACCAAAAUCCAUCAGAAAUGGAUGCUCUCUGUCCUUCUCCUCCAGGACCUUCGAGACCUCAACGUAACUAUGAGAGGAUUGGUGAACGGACGGGGACCUCUUUUUGUCAGACUCUUAUCCACUUGUUGAAAGGGAACAUUGGUACGGGGCUGCUGGGUCUGCCUCUGGCUGUUAAGAAUGCAGGUCUGGUGCUCGGACCUGUCAGCCUGCUGUGUAUGGGAAUCGUAGCAGUCCACUGUAUGAGGAUGCUGGUCCAAUGUUCACACCACCUUGGUGCAAAAGUGAACAGGCCAUUUCUGACGUAUGGUGAAGCGAUGCAGUAUGGGAUGGAAAACGUUUCAUGGCUGAGGAGACAAUCGCAGUGGGGAAAACAGACUGUGAACUUGUUUCUAAUCAUCACCCAGCUCGGCUUCUGCUGCGUCUACUUUGUCUUCCUCAGCGACAAUAUCAAGCAGGUGGUUGAAGCAGCCAAUGCCACCACCUUCAGCUGCCACAUGAACCUCACCAACCAGACGCAAGUCCUGGUGCCGAGCUUCGACUCCCGUCUCUACAUGCUCUGCUUCCUGCCCCCCUUCAUCCUACUGGUCUUCACCCCCAACCUGAAGUACCUGGCUCCCCUCUCCCUGAUGGCCAACCUGGUCAUGACGGCCAGCCUGAUCCUCAUCUACUUCUACUCUCUGACCAACAUCCACUACCCCAUCGACCUACCGAAGGUGGGCAGAGCUAAAGACUACCCUCUCUUCUUUGGGACGGCCAUCUUCGCCUUCGAAGGGAUCGGAGUGGUUCUUCCCCUUGAGAACAAGAUGCAGAGGCCUCAGAGAUUCAUCCCCGUUCUGUAUUCUGGGAUGGGCAUCGUCACGUUCCUCUACAUCAGUCUGGGCACCAUAGGAUACAUGUGCUUUGGAGAGCACAUAGGAGGGAGCAUCACUCUCAACCUGCCAAACUGUUGGAUGUACCAGGCCGUGAAGCUGCUCUACUGUUUUGGUAUCUUCAUCACCUUCGCCCUGCAGUUCUACGUACCAGCUGAGAUUCUCAUUCCACCAGUUUUGGCCCGUGUGUCGGAGAGGUGGGAGAAGCCCGUCGACCUUUUGCUCCGCACCCUGUUGGUCAUCUUCACAUGUGCCCUCGCCAUCCUGAUACCCGAGCUGGACCUCGUCAUCUCAUUGGUGGGCUCGGUCAGCAGCAGUUUCCUGGCGCUGAUUUUCCCCCCCUUACUUCAGAUCCUCACGUUUCACACAGAGGGCCUUUCGCCGCUGGUGACCAUCAAGAACGUCGUCAUCAGCCUGUUUGGGCUGGUCGGGUUCCUCACGGGAACCUACAUAGCCAUCGAGCAAAUCAUCCAGCGGAACGGACUCAAACUCACAGAGGAGGCGUUCUCUCCCUACCUGGUGCAGUGAUAAAGUGACUGUUGGCAGGUGGACAUGAACACACCCACACCAUUCAGAAACCAUUUUUAGGGCACAUUUAUUAUUAUUGUCUUUGAUUUGCUACUGUUGGAUGUGGUGGCCAUUUUCAAUUAAUCUAGCACAUGUUUUAAAGAGUUUCAAAGUCCAGUUAUUUAGUGCAAUGUAAUGAUAAUAUCAGUAUGAUAAAAACAGCAUCAUUCCUUCAGGAGCGAGAUACUUUUAGAAGACUUCUGAGAGGCUUUUAGAGGUUAAAUAUUGUCUGGUGUGUUAAUAUUUCAGUCAGAAAAAUCAAACUACCUCACAGACUGGUAUCGAUUUUGGAUCUUUGAAAGUCCGGAUUAGACACUGUUGCUGAAGUAGUGUUGACUUUUAAACUUUAUCCCAAGCGGCUUCUUCAAUAAAGUAUCCUAUCCUUCUCCUGUAGAGCUUUUAGAGUUUCACCAAACACCCUUCUUCUCAUUUAGACAAAGACAAUUUAACUUUUUGUUGCACUUUGAUUUAUGCCUUAUUCAGUGGAAUGGCGCUCUACUUUGAAAUAAUUCCAACAAUCAAGUAACUGUAGCCGAAAAAUAAAUGUUUUAAACUGAAUUCAUAGAAAAAAAAAGGGGUUGAGUAUCCAAAUGGUUUGAGCUCUGAUUCAUGAAACCAAAAUAUUCUUGAGGAUUGUGCUUUUCAAUUUGUCUAUUGACUCCUGCUGCGUAUGUCUACAUCAUCGGGUAUUAAGGAUGCCUUAGAGCGAUUAUUAAACCUGUGACAUCACAUAUGUCUGGGGGGGGGGGCUUUUGGGCCAGGAAAGCUGUAGAGAGACAGGAAAAAGCUUCUGUAUAUGGAACACCUGCGUGACCAACUGA